CAGAGAUGAGAGCCAGCUCUUCUAGUUCUUGGCCAUAACCCUCUAAUGAAAAAAGGGUCCCAGAAGAGUCUUCUAAGAAUCUCCAGCAGUAAAUGGGAGAGAGGUCGCCAGUCCUUUCCAGGAACUGGGACCACUCUCUCUGUGCUCUCCUCACCCUCACCUUUCCUCACCCUCUCAGAUAAUCCUCAUCGUCCUGCCGCUGAGAUGUCGACUCCAGAUGCAGCAGGUACUCCAGGAACUCCUGGGGGCCCAGAAGGUGAAGGAGGCCCUCCGGCCGCGGCCCCAAACCUGACAAGCAACAGACGACUUCAGCAGACACAGGCGCAGGUGGACGAGGUGGUGGAUAUUAUGCGUGUGAAUGUGGACAAAGUCUUGGAGAGAGACCAGAAGCUGUCAGAACUAGAUGAUCGGGCCGAUGCCUUGCAGGCUGGAGCCUCUCAGUUCGAGAGCAGUGCUGCUAAGUUGAAGAACAAGUACUGGUGGAAAAAUUGCAAGAUGAUGAUCAUGAUGGCAGUUAUAGGUGUUAUAUUUGUCGGCGUCGUCUUCUUAUAUUUCUUCUACUGAGCUGCUCUUCAAGAACGAAGAUACAAGUCCCAGGAUGAGUCUGCACCAACGAAUGGCACCGCACCAAAUCGAGCCUUUCCUCAGACCUUCUUGUCCUCCUCUUCCUCAGCGAUGCCUUCCUCAGAAACCUCAAUGCAUGGCCUUUAAUGUGCUCCUCCUUUUCUCUCUGCAAUGCGAAGGUUUACAGACCAAAAUAAAGGGUCAAUAAAAUUAUUUUGGUUCAGUUUGACCUCACUGAAAUGAACGUUUGGCUGAGUUGGACAUCAUCAGAACAGUUUACAGGUUUUAGUGAUUGCAGAAAGGUUGGGUAAUCUCACAAAACCUCGGAUCAACUGUAAGUCCACUUGUGUAACUUGACCACAACUUCCUAAUGCUGGUCUCCUUCAGGAGCACAGUCAGGUGCCAUGACCUUCAUUUCUCAGAAGCCACAGUCACAUAACUAAUUAAUAACAUUAUAAAUAAUAACAAUAAUAGAUAAUUCACAUUGUCAAAAUUAGGUUGAUCUUUACCUGCUUUUUGAGUUUUAAAGCAGCUUUGAGGAUUUAUGUGUAACCGAUCUGCAGCAUGUCGCUGACUGAUAAACCAGUGGCGUUUGCUAAAUGCUCAAGUUUGGCAAAAAUGCAUAAGGAAACCCUUGCUUAUUAAAAUUAUGUACAAAAAAAGUGUCUUGUGUGUUGAGCCAAAGAGGACCAUAAAUGACAGAAGUGGUGAGCCCUGUAGAGAGCAUUUUUGGCUGAUUGUAUGUUAGAAUUUUACUUUUAUUAUAUUAUAAAGAACUUAAGUUGUGCAUUUGGUGUCAUGUUUGUACAUCAUGUGUGGGUUAUUGUUUGUGCAGUUACAUUAAAACUCAAUCAUACCUAAAAUGUAUCCCUUCAACCUGCCCUAAAGCGUGGUUGAAACUCCUGAUGUCGAACAUAUAGUUAAUUUGCAAACAUGUGCAAAGUGUAGCUUACCAGCAUCAUCGACUCCCGUCUCCACCCUCUCUUCGUUCAGGUGGUGCUGUACAGCGUUAGUCGGUUGGUGCUUCUACUGAUUUUAAACACCUGACUUUUGUUUGGUCCUCUUUCUGUCUGCUUUUAUCCAUCCUGUGUUUAUUUCUGUGUUGUGGGCAGACGUGUGGUUUUCUGUACUUUGAGUGUGCAACGCUUUUAUUUGUUCCCAGAACUUUUUUUCAGAAAUUUUCAUGAAUGAAAACACUUAUUUAUUCUAUGUACCAUUGAAGAAAAUAAACUAUUGUAUUCAAGCCUGAAUGGCUGACACUGGAUUCAAAUUCAAAUAAAUAAGGAUCAGCAUCUACAACGGCUCUUUGAAGAAACCUACAUAAUAUGAGCUAUAACAACAUUUAAUUUCCCUUUGGGAUUAAUAAAGUAUUUUUGAAUUGAA